GAGAUGGACGUGCCUGAAGAGCGUUACUAUGGCAACCAAACGCCAGACCGUUCCGAAACGAACAGUCCGCGAUCCCAAAUGAGCAGUCCGAAUUCUACAUCAUCUAUUAAUGUCACAGAUCAAACGUUAUCGCUACAGCAUCAGCAGAACUUAGAGACUUUGAACAGGAUGGGAAUGUUUUUUCACGCUCAGCAAAUGCAUUUGAAUCAGAGUUUUGAGUCGGUAAAGUCGAGGUUAGGCUUGACGCAAGUGGCAAGUGUGAGUCAGGGCCCGCGGCAUACGAUCGACGCGAUUUUGGGCCUGAACGGUGGAAGGGUUAACAGAGUGCCGAGUGAGUUCGAGCAGAGAAGAGAAGAGAGGGAAUGCGAGCCGGUGCCGGUUUCGCCGGGAGCUGUGGAGAGUGCCGGCGAAGGCUCCUGCAACAGCAACGAUGGCUACAGCAGAACCCCCCCAGAAGACAAGUCACCCCCCGGUAGUGAUGACGACACCCCCCGGCCAGGAUCCGCUGCAGACAACAAGAAGAAACACAGAAGAAACCGGACGACCUUCACGACGUACCAGCUGCAUGAGCUGGAGCGAGCGUUUGAGAAGAGCCACUACCCUGAUGUGUAUUCGAGGGAGGAGCUGGCGAUGAAGGUGAAUCUGCCUGAAGUUAGAGUGCAGGUCUGGUUCCAAAACCGCAGAGCAAAAUGGCGUCGCCAAGAGAAGAUGGAGGCAGCUCGUCUCGGCCUCUCAGAGUACGGCUGCGGGGCUGGAGGCGCGAUACCCAGGCUCAGUGGACUGGGGCUGCCGGUAGACCCUUGGCUGGCACCACCACUACUCACUGCUUUACCGGGGUUCCUCAGCCACCCACCCUCCGGCUACCCGAGUUACCUGACCCCGCCCGCGCCCGCGCCUCCCGCGCCGCCUGCCCCCCCGGACCCCCGCUCAUCCUCCAUAGCAGCCCUUCGCAUGAAGGCCAAGGAACACGUGGAAAGCCUGAAAGGCCUCCAGAUGGUGUAGACCUUAGCACUUGGUAACAAGGUGCAAGAUACUCUGAACUAGUUUUUUGGCAAGUGUAAACUUUAGUGAUGUGAAUUUACAUUUUUUUCGUCAGGUGUGUAAACUGCAAUGGCUGGUUUUUUUAAUGUGUUUCUUAUAAAGGUUUACAUUACAAAUUUUUUGUAACUUUCCUAAUAAUUUGGAGUAAUA